AUGAAUACAAUUAAAAAUGUUAGUGAUGUAGAAGAAAUAAAAGAAGAGAGCACUAAAGAAACAACAACAACUAUUAGUACAAAUAAUAAAAAUUGUGAUAAGCACAAUAAGAAUAAUAACACUAUUAUUGAUAUGAAUUGCUUGUGGAGUGAUUUAUACAUAUCGAGACCUUUUUUAAAAGUUUUAUAUGAACAAAAAUUUAGUAAUCCUACAUAUAUUCAGAGAGAUGUGAUUCCAUUAGCUUUAGAAGGUAAAAGUAUUUUAGCUAACUCAGAAACGGGUUCUGGCAAAACAUUAGCAUUUGUAUUACCAAUACUAGAAAGGUUAUUACAAAGUGCAAAUAUAAGAAUGAGGAGAAAUAAUAUGAAAGCUAGUUAUAACAUAACUAAGGCUUUAAUAUUAUUACCUACGAGAGAAUUAUCUUUACAAUGUUAUGAUGUAAUACGUUCCCUAACAAAAUAUGUUACAAUAACAUAUUCUUUAUUUUGUGGAGGAAUAGAUAUUAAACAACAAGAAUAUGAAUAUAAAAAAAGAAAUGAUAUCUUUAUAUGUACCCCUGGUCGUAUUUUAGAUUUAUUGUUAAAUUCAUCUAGUGAUUUUAUUAAUUAUUUAGAAAUUGUUGUAUUUGAUGAGGCUGAUAAAUUAUUAGAACUUGGAUUUAAAGAAGAAUGUUUAAAAAUAUUAGAUGUUUGUAAAUUUAAAAAACAGAUAUUAUUCUUCUCAGCUACUUUGACUAAUGACAUAAAGCAGCUGGUCAAUUUUUCUUUAAAAAAUCCUGUAUUUGUUCAAAGUGGUAUAAGCUCUCUCAAAGAUAAGGAUCUACAAAAUAAUGAUAAUAAUAAUAAUAAUAAUAAUAUUGUUGUUAAUAAUAUUAUAACAAAAAACUUUUUAAAACUUACUAAUAAGGCCACAUUUAAAAUAUCAGAAGGUUUGAAACAAGAAUUUGUUAAUAUCAUUCAAGAGAAAUAUAGAAAAGCUAGUUUAUUAUAUUUAUGUAAUAAUAUAUAUAAGAAUCAUUGUAUUAUCUUUUUUAAAACAAAACGUGAAACACAUUUAAUGUUUUUAUUGUUUGAUUUACUUAAUUUAAAAUGUGCUGAAUUACAUGGUUCUAUGAGUCAGAAAAGAAGAAUAGAAUCCAUAAUGAAAUUUAAAAAAGCCGAAGUAGAUUUUUUAUUAACCACCGAAUUAGCAUCUAGAGGAAUAGAUAUAGAUCAUGUUUUAUAUGUAAUAAAUUAUAAUAUACCAUCGAAUGUUAUUAAAUAUGUACAUAGAAUCGGUAGAACCGCUAGAAUAGGAAAAGAAGGAAUAGCUAGCACAUUGUAUUUACAAAAAGAAAAAAUACAAGUAAAAAAAAUAGUUAAAGGAUUGAAGAAAAGUAAAAAUCUAAAAAUAUUAAAAAGAACUAUAGCUGAAAAUAAUAUUCAUGUGUGGCACAACAUAAUUAAACAAAAUAAACAAAAGUUAAAUGAUAUUAUAGAGCAAGAAAAAAUUGAUAAGCAAAUAGAAAUAUCAAACAAAUCAAUAGAUAAAAUAAAAAAUCUAAUUACAUUUAAGGAUGAAAUAAUGAGUAGACCUCCAAGGACAUGGUUCCUUACAGGGAAGGAAAAGCAAAAUUUAAAAAAUGAAAGUAAAAAAUAUGAUAAGGACAAUAAUAAUAAUAAUAUUAACAUGAAUGAUAAUUAUAAGGGUCAUGAUUAUGAUGAUGAUAAUCAUAUAAAAAAGAAAAAUUACCAGAAAGAAAACAACAAAAAUAUAUCUAGCUUUAUUAAUUAUAAAAAGGGGAAAAAUAAAAAUAAUAAAAAUAAUAAAAAUAAUAAAAAAGGAAAUGAUGAGGAAGAUCAAGAACAGGAGCAAAAGAAAAAACUACAAAGUUAUCGUAAAAUUAUAAGAGAUUUAAAAUUAAAUAUGUUAUAUAAUAAAAGCAAUAAGUCACAAAAUAAAAAUAAUAGACUUCAUAAUAAAACAAUAAAAAAUAAAACAAUAAAAAAUAAUACAAUAAAAAAUAAUACAAUAAAAAAUAAUACAAUAAAAAAUAAAACAAUAAAAAAGUAA